AUGUAUGAUAAACUGGCCGUCACAUGGACUGCCUCGUGGACCAAUGGACUUCCCGAGCACUUCUCUCCACUUGGUGGCAGCAGUUUACAGUAUCUGUGCAUCAUUUCUGCAGUGGGAGAAACGAGGCAGGCCCAGCUUCUUCGUCGAAACUGGCAACCUCAGAAAUAUACUUUCUAUAUCACAAAAGCCAUCUUACCGACGUCAGAGUUGCAGAACGCCUGCUGGGGAUGCGCAGCGGAGCAGCUGCAGGCUUGUGCCAGGUCCUCCACCCGCCAGAGCAAAAGAAUGGCCAGAGUGACCAAACAGCUGUUCGUCGUCCAGAGGGAGGGAGGACGGUCCUACUGUCAGAGGCGCUGGAGACGGGGGCUGCAGAUCAUUCCUGUUGCGCACGACGCUGCUUCCACUCUCUCUGCUCGGUUUUUCCACUACGGCGUUCACACUGCAGCGGAACACAACGGAAAACUUUCGCGAGCAAGCCAUCUAAAUCCGUCCAUCGAGAGUGAAAGCCGUGAUGUAUGUUGCAAUCUUUCCGGCGUCCUCCUCCGACUUGAGCGCCAGAAUGAUCUGAUCGUCUGUGUUGGGGACGAACUUGAAGGAGGAGAAGCCGUGGGUGGGAUUUUGCGGCCCCACCUGGCUCACUUUGAUGUCUUUGAAGUCCGGCGAGCAGCUGAGGGCGAGGUUCGUCCCCCGCCGUUCGUCGGCGGUCUCUUCGUAGCGCUCUUUGCUCGCCCGGCGGGGGAGGAAGAACCAGCGCUGGAGGGUGUCGCUCCAGGCCGCAGACUCGUGGAUAAAAUAGCCUGUGGAGAGCAGGAGGCGGUGCUCGUCCUUCACGGCGAGCCACUCGGCUUUAAACCCUACAGACAGUCCACAGCACGCCGCUUUUACCUAACUGCAACAACAGACCGCCGGGGGCUCCGGCCUGGUGCCGGCAUGCGGGGAGCACGUACCUUUGGCCACGCUCCCGUCGCCAUCGGCCAGGAUGACCCAGGGCACGGCCUUGUUUCCCUCUAUGUGGUAGACCACGCCCGUUCUGUCGUCGACGCUGUAGAGCUUGCCGUUGAAGGCCACCAGCUCGGACAGCUCCAUGCCCCUGCCCUUCUCCGCCAGGUGGCUCUCCAGCAGCACCCGGUCGGCGUCCCACUCCACCGCCACCCGGUCGCCGCUCUGGGACACCAGCAGGUAGCCCAGCCGCAUGUAGCUGAACCAGGUCAGCUUUUUCUCGCUCAGGGAGUUCGUGUCCAGGUCGGCGAUGACGGCGAUGCGGUAGCGGGCGCCCUGCGGCGUGCGCUCGGGCGGGCUCAGGGGGUAGGUGUCGUUGUAGCGGGAGGUGGACGGCCGGCCUUCGCUGCGGCCGGCCCGCCAGCUGUGGGACCCGUAGGGGCGAUAGCGCAGGCCGGGGCCGAAGUGCAUGAAGAGGAGCAGGACGAAGGCCAGGGAGAGGAUGACGAGCACGAUGGGCCGCCAUUUGAGGCGGAAACGGGGGUCGGUGGGGUUGGCCAUGGACGCCAGCAUGGGGAGGCCUCCUGCAGAGAUGCGCAGCGGGAUCAUGGGGUCAUUCUGCUCCGGCCGAGCUGA